UCGAAAUUAAUGACGACGACAAGUCGACAACUAUUAUUCGAUAUGUCAUUAACAUUAAUCUCACAAUAUUGACACAAUUGACGAUUUAUAGGUAUACAACAAUUAAUACCAUCAAUUUACGAUUACAAACAUUUUUAUUGAUAUUAUUAUAAUAUCCAAUUAUACUAAUAUUAGGUAGACUGAGGAAUUAUUAUAUUACGAGAUUUACUAUCAAAACAACUGUGUUUUAUUUUAAUUUAAUAAAUACAAUAAUGGCUCAUCAUUUCAAGGAAGAAGACAUUGAUGAAUUUAGAGAAUGCUUUUAUUUAUUUGCUAGAGAAGGAACAAUUAAUAAACUAGAUGAACUGAGUGUAAUUAUGCGAUCCCUAGGAAUGAGUCCAACAAUUACUGAAUUAAAAAAAUACUUUUCAGAAAAUAAUGGAAAAUUACAUUUUCCAGAAUUUCUGAAGGUAAUGCACAAUCAUUGCCGUGUAGAAAAAUUACCUAAUGAAAUUUUAGCAGCUUUUAAAGCUAGCGAUCGUCAACACAGCGGAACUAUUCAUAGUAAACAUCUUAAACAUCUGUUGCAAGGUUGGGGAGAACAUUUAAAUAGCAAAGAAGUUGAACAAAUUUUUCGUGAAGCCAAUGUCCAUCCAAAUGGCAAAGUUAACUAUGAUGAAUUUGUAAAAAUUGCUUGUGCACCAAUUCCUGAUUAUUAUUAAUUAUCACAUUUGUAAAUAUUAAUUAAAUUAUUUGGCCUUAAUUGUGUUGGUUGAUGUAUUCCUCAUAUGUUGUGAAAUGUCAUUUAUAAUGUUUGUUUUUUAUUCACAUAUUUCUUAGUAUACUUGAAUUUACACUGGAAAAUAUUAAAAAUGUAUACUUCCAAAAAUGCUCUAAAUGAUUAUAUUUAAAUAUUAUUAUUAAUUGUUACUAGUUUAGAAAUUUAUUUUUUAUACAAUACUAUAAUACUAAUUUAUAAAUGAAGGGUUUAUAUACACAUGCA